AUGUAUCUUACAGGCCAACAUAACGUUGUCCCCGAGCCGUCGCUCGUAUCAAACGUGACACACGUUGCUUUGGCUUUCAUGCCUUCGUCGGCAUUUAAUGUACCCAAUGCAUCGAGUUGGCCCCUAUUCACCACUGUUGAGGACGUGCGUGCUAAAUUCCCUGAAACCACUGCGGUUAUGAUUGCUAUCGGGGGAUGGGGCGAUACCGAUGGCUUUUCAGUGGCAGCCGCCAGUGAAAAGAGUAGAAAAUUAUUUGCUCUGAAUGUAAAAGCAAUGCUCCAGCGAACUGGAGCAGAUGGUGUGGAUAUUGACUGGGAAUAUCCGGGUGGGAAUGGAGAAGACUACAAGACUGUCCCAAAUACCAGGAAAUCGUGGGAGAUCGAAGCGUAUCCUAAAUUGAUUUCUGAAAUUCGGAACGCCCUCGGUCCAGAUAAGUUGAUUUCAGCGGCUGUACCAGGAUUACGGCGAGACAUGAUUGCUUUUACCAGAGAGACUGUUCCAGUUCUCAAUGAGCUAUUGGACUUUUUCAAUAUUAUGACCUACGACCUGAUGAAUCGACGUGACAAAGUCACCAAGCAUCAUACAGGCCUGCAACUAUCGUUGGAUGGAAUACAUACUUAUCUUGAAAACGGGGUUCUGCAUGAAAAGGCAAAUCUAGGUUUCGCUUUUUAUGUGAAGUGGUUUAAAACAAGCUCCCAAGGAGGGUGUUCGGUAAACCCCGUUGGAUGCAAAACUGUGUUGAUGGAAGACCCGGUCACAGGCGCUGAUCUCGGGCAAACAGGAGCGUUCUCCUGGCAUGAUGAAAUCCCACCAGCACUAGCCCAGUCCUUUGCCAAAGCUUCAGAACACGGCCGAUAUGAUACGAAAGGCGGUGGGUAUUACUAUUGGGACCAGGUAGAAGACAUUUUCUGGACAUGGGAUACAACCGAUGCGAUAUCGAAGAAGAUCCCGUUGAUAGUCGACAAGAGUCAACUAGGAGGAGUUUUUGCCUGGGGGUUAGGCGAGGAUGCUCCUCGAUUCGACCAUCUAAGAACACUAACACACAGCCUAAAAGAAAGAUCGCAGGGACUGAGAUUGCAAAUGAGUGAUGGAUUGACCGGCGGGCUACCUCUGUCGGAAGAACACUGGAGAGAAGAAUUAUGA